AUGAUCGAGCGAAGUGAAUGGACAGGCAGCAGGACACAGACCUCGUCUGCACUUGCGAAGAAGGUUGCGGAGCAGCAACGGGCCCUCUCCCCUCCGCGAUCGAUCGAGCUUCCAGUCGAAUUAUGGUGGGGGAUCAUCGAUCUUGUGGCCGACGAGAUUCCGUCCUACAUGGAUGGCAGGAAUGAAUUGCGAGAGUUGGCGAGGGUGUGCCGGGCAUGGUAUACUCGGUGCCGCUUCCAUGCAGAGGAGAGGCUGGAUAUCAUUGAGAGAGAUAAGAAGGAAGUUUACCGGCUGAUCAGCAGACUCAACGAACACCCGGAGCGAUACAGUCGCAUCAACAGCGUGAGAUUCGUGAACGACAAGAUCAACUCCUUCGGCUCGUUUGUUAUCCUUAUGGCAGGGAAGCUACCCCAAGUGGAGACACUAUCUUGCGGUAAUCGUCACAGUCCAGGGUUGUGCGAGUGGAUCCCUGGGCAGCUGCAUACGCAGGUGUUCCUGCAUGUGAGGGUCGCGUUCGAGUCGGUCACCACCCUCCGUCUGUGUUUUGUCCGGUUCCCUUCUGCGAUGGUGUUUGGGAAACUCCUUUGUGCCCUUCCGCACCUUGCCUCGUUGGUAUGCGAAGGUGUGUAUUUCAAGAACCCAGGCGUUAUUCCGGGAACAACGCGAAGCCUCCUUCAAUUCGGCACCCUCGACUUGCUUGACAGCCGUUGCAUCGUCGACUUCCUCAUUGAGACCGGGGUUGGCGCCUUCCUGAGCCAUGUCAUUAUCCGGCGAAGUGGAGAUCUUGAGGCGUGCUCGACGUUGGUCCGUGUCGCUGCUUUGUCGCUCUCCUCUUUCCACUUCACCAUCAUUGGUAGGCAUGAUCUGAGAACAUUCAAUGAGUCAGGCCCAGGCCUUCUUCCCGACCUCACUCCGGCGCGAAACUUGCGUAUCUUAUUCAUCGUCCUCGGCGCUUUCUCAUUUGACUCGCGCGAGCUAGCAGCAGCAUUGCCUCGCGCCUCUCUACCUAAUUUGGACGAGAUCAAUAUCACUGCGAUGCAGGUCCGAAAGACUAAGAUAAAACUCGAUAAACUCGACGACUUUUCGUAUUCGCAGAUAGAUAGGAUCCUCUCUGGGCCCCGAUUUCCUGCCCUUCAAAAGUUCACCCUGCAUCUCCAAUGCCGUGUUUUUCGCUGCAACGUGAAGGACGUGCUAUCCGAGACAAUCUGGAGGACGCAUCUUUCGUCAAAGCUUCCCCUCCUCCAUGCCAGUGGACGGCUCUUGUGA